AGCUGCAGAUCGCUAGGAGUAUAUUUUGUUGUGCUUACAGGCGGGCAGCAGAGCGCCCGCAAACUUCUUUUCGUCAAGAGCUAAAAAAGACUAUACUGCAGGGCUUACAUAGAAAGCUACUUUCGCUAUGGAGGGUGGCGGGCCACCCCCACCGCCACCACCUCCUUCGGGCGGCUUUAGGCCCCCGGGAGGAAUGUUUCCUACUCCUGGACUUGGUCCUGGUAUGAUGCGCCCACCGAUGGUUCUACCACAGCAAACGCGCUAUUUCAAUCAGCCUGGAGUUCCAUCGCAGCCGGGCGGGAUGGCUCAGCCCCAGGCGCAGGCUCCUCGGCCGCCGGCCGUCCCAGUGCUUUCGGAGGAGCAGCAGCAGCAGCUCCUUGAGGAGAAGGCCAAGAAGUGGCUCCAGCUCAACUCCAAGCGGUACGGCGACAAGCGGAAGUUCGGCUUUGUGGAGGCGCCGAAGGAGGACAUGCCGCCCGAGCACGUGCGGAAGAUCAUUCGGGACCAUGGCGACAUGUCGUCCCGCAAGUUCCGGCACGACAAGCGCGUGUACCUGGGCGCGCUCAAGUUCGUGCCGCACGCCGUGUUUAAGCUGCUGGAGAACAUGCCCAUGCCCUGGGAGCAGGUCCGCCACGUGAAGGUCAUUUACCACAUCACGGGUGCCAUCACCUUCAUCAACGAGAUCCCCUGGGUCAUUGAGCCGGUAUACACGGCGCAGUGGGGCAGCAUGUGGAUCAUGAUGCGCCGUGAGAAGCGUGACCGCCGGCACUUCAAGCGCAUGCGCUUCCCGCCCUUUGAUGAUGAGGAGCCGCCGCUGGACUAUGCGGACAACUUGCUAGACGUGGAGCCGCUGGAGGCCAUUGAGAUGGAGCUUGACGAGGACGAGGACGCCGCCGUGUACGAGUGGCUGUACGACCACCAGCCGCUCAAGUACACCAAGUUUGUGAACGGCCCCAGCUACAAGCGCUGGAAGCUGCCGCUGCCCGUCAUGUCCACGCUGUACCGCCUGGCGGGGCAGCUGCUGACGGACUUCCCGGACCGCAACUACUUCUACCUGUUCGAGCCGCAGGCGUUUGUCACCGCCAAGAGCCUCAACAUGUGCAUCCCCGGCGGUCCCAAGUUCGAGCCGCUCUUCCGCGACAUGGACACGCGCGACGAGGACUGGAACGAGUUUAACGACAUUAACAAGCUCAUCAUCCGCUCGCCCAUCCGCACCGAGUACAAGGUGGCCUUCCCGUACCUGUACAACAACCGGCCGCGCAAGGUGCGGCUCAGCGUGUACCACCACCCCAUGUCCAUGUACAUUAAGACGGAGGAUCCCGACCUGCCGGCCUACUACUACGACCCGCUCAUCCACCCCAUCGCCGCGUACCGCUCGGCGGCUGGGGGGCGCCGCGCGCAGCUGGAGGAGGAGGUUGGCGGCGACGACGACGAGUGGGCGCUGCCGGACGGUGUGGACCCGCUGCUGGGCGAGCAGCCGCUCUACACGGACAACACGGCGUCCGGCAUUGCGCUGCUGUGGGCUCCCAAGCCCUUCAACCAGCGCUCCGGCCACACGCGCCGCGCGUUCGACGUGCCGCUGGUCAACCAGUGGUUUCAGGAGCACUGCCCGCCGACGUACCCCGUCAAGGUCCGCGUCAGCUACCAGAAGCUGCUGAAGAACUACGUGCUCAACGUCCUGCACCACCGGCAGCCCAAGAGCGUCAAGAAGAAGUACCUGCUGCGCGCGCUCAAGGCCACCAAGUUCUUCCAGUCUACGGAGCUGGACUGGGUGGAGGUCGGCCUGCAGGUUUGCCGGCAGGGCUACAACAUGCUCAACCUGCUGAUUCACCGCAAGAACCUCAACUACCUGCACCUUGACUACAACUUCAACCUGAAGCCCGUCAAGACGCUGACCACCAAGGAGCGCAAGAAGAGCCGCUUCGGCAAUGCGUUCCACCUGUGCCGUGAGAUUCUGCGCCUGACCAAGCUGGUCGUGGAUGCCAACGUGCAGUUCAGGCUCGGCAACGUCGACGCCUACCAGCUCGCGGACGGUCUGCAGUACAUUUUCUCGCACGUUGGCCAGCUGACGGGCAUGUACCGCUACAAGUACCGCCUGAUGCGGCAGAUCCGCGUGUGCAAGGACCUGAAGCACCUCAUCUACUACCGCUUCAACACCGGCCCCGUGGGCAAGGGCCCGGGUGUGGGCUUCUGGGCGCCCAUGUGGCGCGUGUGGCUCUUCUUCCUGCGCGGUAUCGUGCCGCUGCUGGAGCGCUGGCUGGGUAACCUGCUGGCGCGCCAGUUCGAGGGCCGCCAGUCCAAGGGCAUCGCCAAGACGGUCACCAAGCAGCGCAUCGAGUCGCACUUUGACCUGGAGCUGCGCGCGGCGGUGAUGCACGACAUCCUGGACAUGAUGCCCGAGGGCGUCAAGCAGAACAAGGCGCGCACCAUCCUGCAGCACCUGUCGGAGGCGUGGCGCUGCUGGAAGGCCAACAUCCCCUGGAAGGUGCCCGGCCUGCCGGCGCCGGUGGAGAACAUGAUCCUCCGCUACGUGAAGCAGAAGGCGGACUGGUGGACCAACGUGGCGCACUACAACCGCGAGCGCAUCCGCCGAGGCGCCACCGUCGACAAGACGGUGUGCCGCAAGAACCUGGGCCGCCUGACGCGCCUGUACCUCAAGGCGGAGCAGGAGCGGCAGCACAACUACCUCAAGGACGGUCCCUACGUGACGCCUGAGGAGGCGGUGGCCAUCUUCACCACCACCGUGCACUGGCUGGAGAGCCGCAAGUACAGCUGCAUCCCCUUCCCGCCGCUCAACUACAAGCACGACACCAAGCUGCUCAUCCUGGCGCUGGAGCGGCUGAAGGAGCAGUAUGUGGUGGCGGUGCGCCUGAACAGCCAGCAGCGUGAGGAGCUGGGUCUGGUGGAGCAGGCGUACGACAACCCGCACGAGGCGCUGCAGCGCAUCAAGCGGCACCUGCUGACGCAGCGCUCGUUCAAGGAGGUGGCGAUUGAGUUUAUGGAUCUGUACAGCCAUCUAAUCCCGGUGUACGAGAUUGAGCCGCUGGAGAAGAUUACGGACUGCUACCUGGACCAGUAUCUGUGGUUCGAGGCGGACAACCGGCACCUCUUCCCUAACUGGGUCAAGCCCGCCGACACGGAGCCGCCGCCGCUGCUGGUGUACAAGUGGUGCCACGGCAUCAACAACCUCACCAACGUGUGGGACACCGGCAACGGCGAGUGCGUGGUCAUGAUGCAGAGCGACUUUGAGAAGAUGUACGACAAGAUCGACCUCACGCUCAUGAACAGGCUUCUGCGCCUGAUCGUGGACCACAACAUUGCGGACUACAUCACGGCCAAGAACAACGUGGUCAUUGCCUACAAGGACAUGAGCCACACCAACUCGUACGGCCUCAUCCGCGGGUUGCAGUUCGCGUCCUUCAUCAUCCAGUACUACGGCCUGAUCCUGGACCUGCUGCUGCUGGGUCUGACGCGUGCAACGGAGAUCGCUGGGCCGCCCCAAUGCCCCAACGAGUUCCUGACCUUCCGGGACGUCAAGACGGAGUCGCGGCACCCCAUCCGCCUGUACAGCCGGUACCUGAACAAGGUCCACAUCCUCUUCAGGUUCAAUGCCGAUGAGGCCAAGGACCUCAUCCAGCGCUACCUCACGGAGCACCCCGACCCCAACAACGAGAACAUCGUGGGCUACAACAACAAGAAAUGCUGGCCGCGCGACGCGCGCAUGCGGCUCAUGAAGCACGACGUCAACCUGGGCCGCGCCGUGUUCUGGGACAUGAAGAACCGCCUGCCGCGCUCGCUGACCACCUUUGAGUGGGACAACAGCUUCGUGUCCGUGUACAGCCGUGACAACCCCAACCUGCUGUUCUCCAUGGCGGGCUUCGAGGUGCGCAUCCUGCCCAAGAUCCGCAUGGCCGCCGAGUCGUUCGCCAACAAGGACGGAGUGUGGGCGCUGCAGAACGUGCACACCAAGGAGCGCACGGCGCAGGCCUUCCUGCGCGUGGACGACGAGGGCCUCAAGGCCUUUGAGAACCGCGUGCGCCAGGUGCUCAUGUCGUCGGGCAGCACCACCUUCACCAAGAUCGCCAACAAGUGGAACACCGCGCUGAUCGGGCUGAUGACCUACUACCGCGAGGCCGUGCUGCACACCCAGGAGCUGCUGGACUUGCUGGUCAAGUGCGAGAACAAGAUCCAGACGCGCAUCAAGAUCGGCCUCAACUCCAAGAUGCCCAGCCGCUUCCCGCCCGUGGUCUUCUACAGCCCCAAGGAGGUGGGCGGCCUGGGCAUGCUGUCCAUGGGCCACAUCCUCAUCCCGCAGUCGGAUCUGCGCUACAGCCAGCAGACGGACCUGGGCGUGACGCACUUCCGCGCGGGCAUGUCGCAUGAGGAGGACCAGCUCAUCCCCAACCUCUACCGCUACAUCCAGCCCUGGGAGAGCGAGUUCAUGGACAGCGAGCGCGUGUGGAGCGAGUACGCGUUGAAGAAGGAGGAGGCCAAGGCGCAGAACCGGCGGCUGACGCUGGACGACCUGGACGACAGCUGGGACCGCGGUAUCCCGCGCAUCAACACGCUGUUCCAGAAGGACCGUCACACGCUGGCGUAUGACCGCGGGUGGCGCGUGCGGCAGGAGAUGAAGCAGUUCCAGGUCACCAAGAUGAACCCCUUCUGGUGGACGCACCAAAAGCACGACGGCAAGCUGUGGAACCUCAACAACUACCGCACCGAUGUCAUCCAGGCGCUGGGCGGUGUGGAGGGCAUCCUGGAGCACACGCUGUUCAAGGGCACGUACUUCCCCACCUGGGAGGGUCUGUUCUGGGAGAAGGCGUCGGGCUUCGAGGAGUCAAUGAAGUACAAGAAGCUCACGAACGCGCAACGCUCGGGUCUUAACCAGAUCCCCAACCGCCGCUUCACGCUGUGGUGGUCGCCCACCAUCAACCGCGCCAACGUGUAUGUGGGCUUCCAGGUGCAGCUGGACCUCACCGGCAUCUUCAUGCACGGCAAGAUCCCCACGCUCAAGAUCUCGCUCAUCCAGAUCUUCCGCGCGCACUUGUGGCAGAAGGUCCACGAGAGCGUGGUGAUGGACCUGUGCCAGGUGUUUGACCAGGAGCUGGACGCGCUGGAGAUCGAGACGGUGCAGAAGGAGACCAUCCACCCGCGCAAGAGCUACAAGAUGAACUCCUCCUGCGCCGACGUGCUGCUGUUCGCGGCGUACAAGUGGAACAUGAGCAAGCCCUCGCUCAUGGCGGACACCAACGACGUGUACGACCAGAAGCCCUCGAACAAGUACUGGGUGGACGUGCAGCUGCGCUGGGGCGACUACGACUCGCACGACAUCGAGCGCUACACGCGCGCCAAAUUCCUAGACUACACCACCGACAACAUGUCCAUCUACCCCUCGCCCACCGGCGUCAUGAUCGGCGUCGACCUGGCGUACAACCUGCACAGCGCGUACGGCAACUGGUUCCCCGGCAUCAAGCCACUGGUCAUCCAGGCCCUGGCCAAGAUCAUGAAAUCCAACCCCGCGCUGUACGUGCUGCGCGAGCGCAUCCGCAAGGGCCUGCAGCUGUACAGCUCUGAGCCCACGGAGCCCUACCUCAGCAGCCAGAACUACGGCGAGCUGUUCUCCAACCAGACGGUGUGGUUCGUGGACGACACCAACGUCUACCGCGUGACCAUCCACAAGACCUUUGAGGGCAACCUCACCACCAAGCCCAUCAACGGCGCCAUCUUCAUCUUCAACCCGCGCACCGGGCAGCUCUUCCUCAAGAUCAUCCACACCAGCGUGUGGGCGGGGCAGAAGCGCCUGUCGCAGCUGGCCAAGUGGAAGACGGCGGAGGAGGUGGCGGCGCUGGUGCGCUCGCUGCCGGUGGAGGAGCAGCCCAAGCGCAUCAUCGUGACGCGCAAGGGCAUGUUGGACCCUCUGGAGGUGCACCUGCUGGACUUCCCCAACAUUGUCAUCACGGGAUCCGAGCUGCAGCUGCCCUUCCAGGCGGCCAUCAAGCUGGAGAAGUUCGGCGACCUCAUCCUCAAGGCCACCGAGCCGCAGAUGGUGCUCUUCAACAUCUACGACGACUGGCUGAAGACCAUCUCCUCCUACACCGCCUUCUCGCGCCUCAUCCUCAUCCUGCGCGCGCUGCACGUCAACCCCGAGAAGGCGCGCAUGAUCCUGCGGCCCGACAAGUCCAUUGUAACGCAGCCGCACCACGUGUGGCCCAGCCUCACGGACGAGCAGUGGAUCAAGGUGGAGGUCGCGCUCAAGGACCUGAUCCUGGCGGACUACGGCAAGAAGAACAACGUCAACACGCAGGCGCUCACGCAGAGUGAGAUCCGCGAUAUCAUUCUGGGCGCGGAGAUCACGCCGCCCUCGCAGCAGCGGCAGCAGAUUGCGGAGAUUGAGAAGCAGGCGCGCGAGGGCGGGCACAUGACGGCUGUCACGACCAAGACCACCAACGUGCACGGCGACGACCUCAUCGUGACCACCACUUCGCCGUACGAGCAGGCCGCCUUCGGCUCCAAGACGGAGUGGCGUGUGCGCGCCAUUUCCGCCGCCAACCUGCAUCUGCGCGUCAACCACAUCUACGUCAACAGCGACGAUAUCCGCGAGACCGGCUACACCUACGUGCUGCCCAAGAACCUGCUCAAGAAGUUCAUCUGCAUCGCGGACCUGCGCACGCAGAUUGCGGGCUUCAUGUACGGCGUCUCCCCGCCGGACAACAGCCAGGUGAAGGAGGUGCGCGCCAUCGUGAUGCCGCCGCAGUGGGGCAACCACCAGCUGGUCAACCUGCCCGCCAACAUGCCGGAGCACGACUACCUGAAGGACCUGGAGCCGCUGGGCUGGAUCCACACGCAGCCCAACGAGCUGCCGCAGAUGGCGCCGCAGGAUGUGAUGUCGCACGCCAAGAUGCUGGAGGCGCACCGCAGCUGGGACGGCGAGCGCUGCGUGCUAGUGACGGUGUCCUUCACGCCCGGCUCCUGCUCGCUGACGGCGUACAAGCUGACGCCGGGCGGCUACGAGUGGGGCCGCAGCAACAAGGACGUGUCGGCCAACCCGCAGGGCUACAAGCCGGACUUCUACGAGAAGGUGCAGCUGCUGCUGUCGGACCGCUUCAUGGGCUUCUACAUGGUGCCCGACACUGGCUCCUGGAACUACAACUUCAUGGGCGUCAAGCACAGCCCCUCCAUGAAGUACGGCCUGCGGCUGGCCAACCCCAAGGAGUUCUACCACGAGGUGCACAGGCCGACGCACUUCCUGGAGUUCUCGACGCUGGAGGACGCCGACCCAGGGGUCGACGUGGAGAACCACUUCGCGUAGUACUGCGGGGUCGACAGCACCGCGGAGGGCUGCCGCGAGGGCAGCGCCAUGCUUUGCAGGCGCAUGGACUAGGGGAGGGGCUGAACCCUUGGGUACAGUGGAGACGGGCUGGGCGAGUUGUUUAGUUGCGCCUUGGGCUUUGUGAUUGGCUUAGUGUUUAGACACUUCUGCGUGUUGUGUUUACUGUUUAGGCCGGAUGUACGUAGCGGUUCCAAGUACAUACUAUGUUGGCGUUUCGUACUUUUGGCGGGCAUGCCUGUCCAAUCUACUGACAAAGACGGGAAGUAUCGAGGUUCGGUGAAUGCAACGGCUGGCGUAUUGCAGUUUUUGCAUGGGGCCUGUUACCUGGUAAUGGCAGAGGUUAUCAGAGCAAGCACCGUACAUGUACGACGACAGUAGCAUUCUAUAGGAUAGAUGACAGUUACCGGACCCUGCAUUAGGUAGGAGUGUGACGUACGAAGUUGCUUUGUGUGCAGUGCCAGGUCUUUAGGUAGGCAACUGGCUAUGCAUAAUUCUUCGCAAGAGCAAGUGGAGAGGAGGUUAAGCGAGAUGAUGUGCCGUGCGCCGACCUGCUCACGGAUUUUGGUUGUUAUUGGCGGGAUAUCGGCGUUGCCUAGAGCAAGGUAUUAGCCGGGAACUUGGGCGCAUUGCGCGCAAUGGAAAUUACGUUGAAAAUGGGCUGGUUGCGCGCAACGGUCCCGCGCGACACGCCCAUGUUCCUGGCCUGACAAAUCUGCCUCACUUUAAUCUGCAGUAUGUAUUUAU